AUGGUUCCAGAUGACCUCCGAGCCCUCGAGGAGGGCGCACAAGGCUCCGAGAAGAAACCACUCGCGACCGCGACCGCCCGCAGUGUCUCUUCCGAGUCGUCGACAACCCCUCUGCCGACACUUGCGCUAACCAACACCCAGCGCUCGGCAAUAAACCCAAACAAGAAGGGCCUGCCGGUCAUCCAGCUUCCAGCAAAUCCAAUCCUCGUAGGGGAGGGCUACUUCGCCGGCUCCAUCUACAGUACCCGCACGAGCGGAAUCGUCGAGGAGAGGACUCAUCCGUACGUCACUCACAUAAAGUCCCUCGCACGAGAGUGGCCGCGACUCAAGUAUCUGGCCGAUUUCGUCGAGGCUGGCACUAUUCCGAAGAGGUCAGCCGGGCUUUCGCAGCCAGAUCUCGCCGCGCGACGAGCCAGGGUCAAGGUCGCCGCGAUCGACUUCAGCGACGCUCUUGACAUGAAGCACAGACUAUGCGAAAGCGAUGCUGAGCUGUCUGCAGAACUCGCUCGCCCUGCACGUAAUCGCCUCUUCGUUGUCGAGGAUCUGUCUAGUGUCAUGAUCGAACGGUUGGGCGACGCUCUGAGCAUCGACCCGACAUUCUUCCGUGCGCAUAUAGAGGACCACACGUGGUACAAUAUUCAGGAUGAGUGGGUAGAGAUGCCGGAGCUCGAAUCCCAGACCGCAGGGAGGAAGUAUGUGACUUUGAAAUACAUGCAGCCCCGUUUCUUCGAGGACGAACAUCAGACGGGGAAAGCCAGAGAAGCGGCUGGCGGGUGGAAUGUCCUCAGACGGCUGGACUGUGAGGGGCAGGUCAAGUCGGGCAAGAACGCGUGGUGGGAGGAUUCGACACACCAGGUCGGGCUUCUACGGCGGAAGAUCAGCAUUUGGUCUAGCGAAACGGAGGACGGAUGGACUGGCGUUAUUCUGGUCGACCCAACUUUGCGCGAGGGUAAUCCCCUCUGGAACGGUUACGGGAGACUCGACAUUCCACCAACCCCCAAAGAGGCAGCCUCGCGGCCAUCUCUUGGAACAACAACUCUGCCGCAGCCAUCUCUUUUCCACCAGCUGGUCUCCCGUAUCCUGGGCCUUGGUGAAGAAGAAAAGCAGAAGCUUGCUUUGGAGCCCGAACACAUCGUGUCUCAUGCUUAUCCAUUCGUCUUUGCGGCGAUCCUGAUCACCUUACAGUACACAUUCACCGGACUUUUCCAAAUCGAGUGGCAAUUGGACUCGGAGCGCGCUCGGCAACUCGAAACCCUGGGCACAGCGCUGGACAGCCUGCACAAAUGGCAGCGCCGUCUACCUUUCUACGUCGGCUGGGUCCGCGACGCCGUCACUGCGCUGGAAGGCAAGUAUGCCCUCUGGCAGGACAUGAGCAGCACACUAUCCCCAUUCACGACGGUCAAGCCAGGAGAGCCACUGCUGCAACGGGCGAAUGGCCCCCAAGCUGGCUUAAUGUCGCCCGCGUCGUGGCAGCGCGGCCUCCAUCGCGAUUUCAUCAGCCUCCUGGCGCGCCUGCAAGCGCUCCAGCUGCGCGCAGACAAGAUCAUGAAGAUGGCCGUCGCAAUCAUCAGCGUCGAAGAGAGCAAGAAGGCCGUGGUCGAGAGCCGCAACAUGGGCCGCAUCACCUACCUCGCAUUCAUAUUCGUGCCCAUGUCGUUCGUGGCUUCGUUUCUGAGCAUGAACGAGGAGAUUAGUGAGCGCAGCCUGAUGGUGUACUGUGUGUUCUUCGCGGUCGCGAUACCACUGGGAUUGCUGGCUGCUGUGCUGGCGGCAUAUUGGAACUCGAUCAUGGAGUGGUGGGAGAAGAGACAGGCCAGGAGGGCGCCAGAAAGGAUCAAGAAUGUACGGGGAUUUGCGAGGGGAAAUGGGCUUGGGAAGAAGUCGAACACGGGCAAGGCGAAGAAGGGGUGA